AUGUCAGAAAAAAAUGUUGAACUUCAGAUUUCAUACGAUACCAUCAACACGCAACAAAACACACUAGACCUCACCAUGAUUCAAAGAACACUCAUCAGACACACCCGGGCAUUGAGCUCUAGCAUCCGAUCAGCACCCAGGACUGCUAUAAGCAGACCUCAAUUUAUCCCAGCAAACAGACUGCCAGCUCGCCCAUUGGCGUCAGCGAGAUGGUAUGCCACGGAACCAGAGGCAAAGAAGGACAGUGAACCUGCGGCUGCAGAAGGAAAGACAGAGGCGAAGACUGAGGAUCCCGUCAAGAAGGAACUAGAGGUCAAGGAGAGGGAGAUUAUCGAUCUUAAAGAUAAAUACGUACGCUCCGUAGCCGAAUUCCGCAACCUGCAGGAGCGGACAAAACGAGAUAUGCAAGCAGCGAAAGAUUUCGCGAUCCAGAAAUUCGCCAAGGACCUUGUCGACAGCGUGGACAACCUCGACCGGGCCCUGACCACGGUUCCGCAUGAAAAGCUCAAUGCAUCCGAGAAGUCGGAGCAUCUUCAGGACCUAGUAUCGUUGUACGAGGGUCUCAAGAUGACAGAGGGGAUCUUGAUGUCAACGCUGAAGAAGCACGGACUAGAGAGAUUCGAUCCCAGUGUCGAGGGCGAGAAGUUCAACCCCAACGAACACGAGGCGACUUUCAUGACGCCCAUGGAGAGCAAGGAGGAUAACACGGUGUUCCUCACGCAGCAAAAGGGCUUCAAACUUAAUGGGCGGGUAUUGCGGGCUGCGAAGGUCGGUGUUGUAAAGAACAGCUAG